GACCCAGGGGGAGGGGGCGGGGUGGGGAGGGGGCGGGUCCAGGUCUCAAGGGGCGGGGCCACGGCGGGCGAGAGGCAGGCUGGGAAGCGGCGCCAUAUUGGCGUCGGCCGCGCUGUAUUGUCAUAAAUAGAGCCGGUUUUGUGGUGUUUUCACUACUCGGUUGGAUGCCUCGGCCGUAGUAAGUGAGAGAGUAAGAGAGCGAGGAAGCGAGCUGCAAACGAGCGGAGGAAAGUGGACAGGAGGAGAAGGGAAGAGCAAGAACAGGACUCCAGAGCGAAAGGCACUCGCCGGUGAGGGGGACGCAGGAAGCGAUGAAAGAGAUGUCUGCAAACACCGUGCUGGACAGCCAGCGUCAACAAAAGCAUUAUGGGAUCACCUCUCCAAUCAGCUUGGCAUGUCCUAAAGAAAUUGAUCAUAUUUACACACAGAAAUUAAUUGAUGCCAUGAAACCAUUUGGAGUGUUUGAAGAUGAGGAAGAGUUGAACCACAGGCUGGUUGUUCUUGGUAAACUGAACAAUUUAGUAAAAGAAUGGAUUUCUGAGGUCAGUGAGAGUAAGAAUCUCCCACCUUCUGUUGUGGCUACUGUUGGUGGAAAAAUUUUCACUUUUGGCUCCUAUAGGCUUGGAGUACACACCAAAGGGGCUGACAUAGAUGCACUUUGUGUAGCUCCGAGACAUGUGGAGAGAUCUGAUUUUUUUCAGUCUUUUUUUGAAAAAUUGAAACAUCAAGAUGGCAUUAGAAACUUAAGAGCUGUAGAAGAUGCCUUUGUGCCUGUUAUAAAAUUUGAAUUUGAUGGAAUUGAAAUUGAUCUAGUUUUUGCAAGACUGGCAAUACAAACCAUAUCAGAUAAUUUAGAUCUAAGAGAUGACUCUCGACUGAGAAGCCUUGAUAUAAGGUGUAUUCGCAGCCUAAAUGGGUGUAGAGUUACUGAUGAAAUUUUGCAUUUAGUGCCAAAUAAAGAAACUUUCAGACUCACCCUAAGAGCAGUCAAACUGUGGGCAAAACGACGUGGUAUUUAUUCCAACAUGCUGGGAUUCCUUGGUGGUGUCUCCUGGGCAAUGCUGGUUGCAAGAACUUGCCAACUGUAUCCAAAUGCAGCAGCUUCUACUUUAGUUCAUAAGUUCUUUUUAGUUUUUUCUAAGUGGGAAUGGCCAAAUCCUGUGCUGCUGAAACAACCAGAAGAAAGCAAUUUGAAUUUGCCAGUUUGGGAUCCUCGGGUAAAUCCAUCAGAUAGGUAUCAUCUCAUGCCCAUAAUCACCCCUGCCUACCCACAACAGAAUUCUACGUAUAAUGUGUCCACAUCAACUCGAACAGUAAUGGUAGAAGAAUUUAAACAAGGUCUCGCAGUCACAGAUGAAAUUCUUCAGGGGAAAUCAGAUUGGUCCAAACUACUUGAGCCACCAAAUUUUUUUCAAAAAUACAGACAUUAUAUAGUAUUGACUGCCAGUGCAUCAACAGAAGAAAAUCAUCUAGAAUGGGUUGGAUUAGUAGAAUCUAAAAUUCGUGUACUUGUUGGAAAUUUGGAACGGAAUGAAUUUAUUACCCUUGCCCAUGUAAAUCCCCAGUCAUUCCCAGGAAAUAAGGAACAUCAUAAAGACAACAAUUAUGUAUCAAUGUGGUUCCUUGGAAUAAUUUUUCGGAGAGUAGAAAAUGCAGAAAGUGUUAAUAUAGACCUGACAUAUGAUAUACAGUCAUUUACUGAUACAGUGUACAGACAAGCAAACAAUAUAAACAUGCUAAAGGAGGGAAUGAAAAUUGAAGCAACUCAUGUUAAAAAAAAACAGCUCCAUCACUACCUUCCUGCAGAGAUUCUUCAAAAGAAGAAAAAGCAAAGUCUUUCUGAUGUCACUCGAAGUUCAAGUGGACCUCAGUCUAAAAGAUCAUCUCUGGAUAGCAAUUGUUUGGAUAGCUCCAGAGACACUGAUAAUGGAACACCUUUUAACUCCCCAGUGUCUGCAAACAAACCUUCCAAGCCUGAUAUUCCUCCUUUAGGAGAGACAGAAAGGAAUAAUACUGAGCCCACUGCUGUAAUUGUGGAAAAGCCACUGAGUGUCCCACCAGCUCAAGGCCUGUCUAUUCCUGUCAUUGGUGCAAAAGUUGACUCUGCAGUGAAAGCUGUAUCACCCCCAGCUGUGUGUACCAUUCCUACUGUAGUAGGACGGAAUGUCAUUCCUAGAAUCACAACACCCCACAGCCCUGCCCAGGGGCAGCCACAUCUAAAUGGAAUGUCAAAUAUGACUAAGAAUGUUACACCCAAGAGAUCCCAUUCCCCAUCCUUAGAUGGGUCUUCUAAGAGGUUGAAAGACAUAGAAAAGUUUAUUCGACUUGAAUCAACAUUUAAGGAAUCACGUGCUGCUGAAGAGAGAAAAAGAAAAUCAGUGGAUGCUAUUGGAGGAGAAUGUAUGCCCAUUCCAACUAUUGAUACAUCACGCAAAAAGAGACUGCCCAGUAAAGAACUACCAGAUUCAUCAUCUCCAGUUCCAGCAAAUAACAUCCGUGUCAUCAAAAAUUCCAUUCGACUGACCCUAAAUCGGUAAAAGCAGUGCCUCCUUACUUAAGUGAAUAUGCAAUCAUUUAGUGACGUAGAUGCAGUCACUCUUUUCAAGAUAGAAGUGGCUGUAAUACAUAAGGUAAAAGUUACAGUCAUCGACCUAAUGACCUUGAAGUGGUUUUUUGAACUCUCAUACUUUGACCUGCAGAUGCUGUAGCAUUUUCUCAUUGAUUGCUACAUACACUUCUGUGAGGAUCCCCUGCUGUUAAAUUGUCAUCUGCAGUAUUACGGCUUUGCUUUGGAGGUUUUACUGCCUUAACUUUCAAUGCUUGUUUCUCUGUUAUGGGAACCAGUUCUUGGCUCUUUGAACACUGAUAAAACAAGUCCUAAACUCUUUUUUUUUUUUUUUUUUUUUUUUUUAAGUCUUAUGUUGUAAUCAUUGUAUAGAACUGAAAAAGUUGAAAACAAACAAAAAAAAGUCUUGUAAUUUUCCAAAUGUUAACACAUUUACUUUAGCAUUGAAGCCACUUUGUGAAACCUGAGAUAAAUGAAUGUGAGGUAUCAUUUCUGCUUUCCUCAUUUGUGUAGAUGUACUUACUGUCUGUUCUGUUCAUUUAAAUUAUUUUCCCCAGAUUGGCACAUGGAAUAUUUAAAUUUUUAUUUUUUUGUGCCUUUCUGUCCAAAUGUUGCAUAGUUACCAGGAAGGAUUAGUCCAGUGAUUACAUAAGAGUUGGGCACCAUAAAUUCUCUAUAUUUUGCCUCCUAUGGAGGCCUUUGAAAUGCAUCUUUAUUAAGAAUCAAAAUAUAACCACGAUACUGAAAGUCAGUAUAUGAAUGGUGAAAUUGUCACAUAUCCUAUCUCAUGCCAUUCUUGUUAGUUGACUGGUAUUUUUUACCAAGAAGCAACUCAUUCCAGCAUCAACAAUAGGAUACCUUUAAGUCUGGCAAACGUGUAUUUUUGAGGUGUUUGAUUAACUUGGCAUGAUAAUUCCUGACCAUCACUACCCACAACUUCUGUUUCUUCAUGGACUAGGCAUGCAGAAAUAAGCAGUGGAUUCUAUUGAAACCUAAAGGCAUUUUUGAAUGACACUGUUACCAACCAUUAAUUGGCUCAGGACCUUUGUAAUUUUUAUUUAAAUAUAUGAGUUAUCUUUUUUACACUGCUUUUUUCAAUGCAUUUCUUAAUAUUUUUUAAGUUUCAUGAACGCAUGUUCCACUUAUUAAAUUCCAUAACCAUGUAAUUCUUGUAAUAUGUUGAUUCAGUGUUUUGUAAAUGAAGUCGUAUGUAUUUUCAGAGUAUUUUUGUAUGUACUGUAAGAUAACCAUCUUUUCAAAGAGAAAACUUUAAAACCUUUACUGUCUCUCUUUAGUCUAAUUUUUUAAAUAUGGAUUAUGCUUGAAUUAUUCUUAAAAUGAAAAUGUAUAGAUUGCACAACCAGGAAUGCUGGUAUAUAUUACCUUCUUCCGCUUUUUUUCUUUUUUUUUUUUGUCUUUUUGUCUUUUGUAGGGCCGUACCCGCAGCAUAUGGAGGUUCCUAGGCUAGGGGUCUAAUUGGAGCUGUAGCCGCCGACCUACACCACAGCAACUCGGGAUCCGAGCCACAUCUUCGACCUACACCACAGCUCACGGCAAGGCCAGAUCCUUAACCCGCUGAGCGGGGCCAGGGAUCGAACCCACAACCUCAUGCUUCCUAGUCAGAUUCGUUAACCACUGAGCCACGACAGGAACUCCCUUCUUCAGCUUUCACUCACCAUUUAGUAGGUCCAGUAGGAGAAAGAACACAGAAUGGUACAUUUGAAUACUGCAGGGAAAAUCCUUGGUUGUAUAGUUCAUAGGACCCAUAGAAUGCCAUUUAGCCAGUGGAAUGAUAGUCCUUUUCCUCUUUCAAGACCUUUACCAUUGAGUAGAAAUACCUGAAUUCUAGUAGUCGGAGAACAGUGUGCUGCUUACCCCACUCCUGUUCCUGACACCUACAUCUCUGAAAUGGAAAUUCUAGUGUUUAACUUUUACAAAGAAAAACUUCUUAGAAGUAGAGACAAACAAGGAGAAAACAGUGGUUCCAUUAUUCACUUUUUAUAUAGCCAAAGACAACAGUGAAAUCCCGUAACCAAGUUGUAGCUUCCUUGGCAAAGCUGUUCUCUUAGCUCACCCUUUGCCUUUAUUCACAUGUUUUGAGAUCUGUUCCUUAAAUACAGUAUCUCAGCAAAAGUGAAUUAUUAUGAAAGGACUGAAUAACUUUCACCUGACUUCAAACUUUGAAAACUCCUUUAGUAAGGGAUUUGAUUAUAUUAAAUGUUAUCUCCCAUUGCCAGAUUUUAAAAUCUUUAAGACUUCCCAUAUGUAUAUCCAUGUUUACCCUAAUAUGUAAACUAGUGGAGUUUCUCUUUAGUAAGAAAGCAACAGGCCUAACCUUUAUACUAUAAUCAUUUCUCUUGUUUUAAGGGUCCAUUUGACAUCGGGUUAAGACAUAGCCAGUAAUUCAACAUUUGACUCCUCAAAGGUAGCAUUCUUCAACCUGUUUGGCAACUGGGGAGUUGAUGAGGUGCUUUUGAGAUGGUGGGUUUGGUUAGAUCUGAAGUGUUUUCUACCCUGAACAGUGGGUAGAAUAUUCAGUAUAGUUGACCCUUGAACAACACAGAUUUGAACUACACGAGUCCUCUUAUAUGUGGAUUUUUUUCAAUAAAUAUAGUAUUUGUCUUCUCAUUUCAGAGCUCUUUAGCUAAGUGUGGGGGGAGUUUGUGUUUGAUUAGAGCACAGUAAGUAGACUCAAAAUAACUAGAGUUUGAGUCCUGAUUCUGUCCAAACUGUUUCAGCUUCCUGCCCUUGGGUGAGUCCUGUAUCAGUUCCUUUGUUUUGAGGCACAGAUAGCAGUACAAGUGUUUUUGGGUUUUUUUUUCUCUCUUUUUCUGGGGGGGGGAGGUUCUUUUUAGGGCCAUACCCACAGCAUAUGGAGGUUCCCAGGCUAGGGGUCGAAUUGGAGCUGCAGCUGAUGGCCUAUGCCACAGCCACAGCAAUGCAGAAUCCAAGCCGUGUCUGCCACAUCUUCGACCUCACCACAGUUCAUAGCAACGCCGGAUCAUUAACCCACUGAGCGAGGCUGGGGCUCGAACCAUCAUCCACAUGGAUACUAGCCAGGUUCAUUAACUGCUGAGCCACAGUGGUAACUCCCAGCAGUACAAGUGUUUUCAACUGUAAGGGGCUGCAGGUGCAUAUGGUUAGCACCCCAAACUCCUGCACUGUUUAGGGGUCCACUGUACAUUUGUUACUGUAGUAGGAGACCUCCGUUGUACUGGUUCUAAGUAAGGAAGAGAGGAAGGAAUGGUCUGAGAAUGUAUGCUGGGUUCAGAGGCACUAAAUUGAUGUGUUUGAUUUCAAGUGUGGAAACCAUACCUAGAAAUUAUGUAUUUCAAAUAACCUGUUCUUCAGUAUGUAGACACAUGUUCAUUUUCACAAGGGUAUUAAACUUUAAUCUGCUCAUUUUUCAGUUUCAAAGAAACAAUUAUCUGCUAGUUUAAACCUUAGGGAUUUAACUAAUUUGAGAGACAGGAUAACAUGGCUUAAAACCUGAUAAAAUUGGGGAAAGAAAAUUUUACAAGACUAUACUUUGGUUGGUGUUCACAGUAAGAGUCUUUGUCUUAAGGUAGCAGUUUAAUAACAUCAUUAAAAUGCUUAGUAUACUAUGUAGUCACAAUGAAGUGAAGAUGGGCAAUGUUUAAAUGGGCUAAACUUAUUUUCCACUGUGUUCCCACAGCUUUGAAAUAGGAAUUCCUAACUUGUGGGUCAUGGACCGUAAGGAAAGUUUUUGUUCAUACGCAUUUUUCUGGAGGGAAGUUCAUGUUUUCAUCACCUUCUCAAAGUGGUUCGUGACCCUAAAAAAAAAGUUAGGAACCACGGCUUUACAGGAUUGAAUAAUUCCAAACUCUUGGAAUUUUUUUAUAAGAUUUUUCUGUGCUGUAAUUCUAAAAAUGUACUGUGUCUAGUAACUAGUAAAGUGGGCUGAUGAAGGACUAUGGAACACUGAAUUUCUCUCCAAGUUUCUUUAUAUAUCGCAGAUAAAACAUCAGUAUUUAGAAAAAGGCUUAUGAUUGGUUUUUAAAAAGUCAUGUUAACUUAAGAUUCAUUAGCAGGGUCAGUAAGUUCAGCAAAUUUCAACCUUAGAAUGAGCAGAGUAGAAAAACUUAAAAUGAUCAUUAGAAAUGAUUUUAAAAAAUGGAAUUAAGCAUUAAAAGAUUCUAAUCCUUUGACUUGGGUAGCAUUAAAGUUCGUAUUCCUCCAUGUUUGUGGUUCAGACCGGAACAGACCAAUAAAGAGAACUUUAGUGUUUAAAAAAAUUUUUUUUAAUAAAUUACCUAUUUAAAUAAAUAUUAAAUUUUCCAAAGCUUAGAAUUUAGGUCAUGAUGCUAGUGAUGAAGAUAGUGCAAGUGAUGGAAAAAAAACUGGUCUCAGUAACGGUAACUAUAUCCUUAGGAUUUUUUUUUUUUUAAUGUAUAAGGUCAGAUCUUUCCCAAAUUUCCUACUUUUUCUGAAAUAAUUUUAUAUUUAAAGUUAAACUUAAAAGAUCAUCUUCAAGCCUACUAUAAUUUUUAAUCUGUUGCUACAUAUUUAGUAAAGACCCAUGUAAUUACCUUAAAAAGUACUUAGGAUAUCUUUGAGGUAAAUGGUGCUACAUCACUUCACAGUAUUAAUGUAAAAUGAUUGCAGCUACUUUUCCUUUCUAGAUAGCUGUUAUGUAUAGUUCAUAUUAAUUUCUCCCGCCUUUUAUUUGGAUUGUCUUAUUUCCUAGUUGUAUACACAAGCCUCAUUAUCUGUCUGGAAUAAGUAAUCAAAUAAACUUGCUUUGAUAAAUA